AUGAAUACCGGUAGCAACGUUGUGCUGGGGCUGGUGCUGGGCCUGGUGUGUGCGCUGGCGGUGGUGGCGGCUGGCGCCGGAACGGCUUGUGAGGACGAGGCCAUUCUGAAGGCGGCCGAGGCCAUUGCUGACCCACGGUCGCCGAGCUACGCCGCGUAUGUGAGCGCCGACGAGCUUCGCGAGAUGUGCGCGCCGUCAGAGGCGGUGCUAGAUGCGCUGGCAGAUGGCCUGGGCUUGCCGCGGGCGGCGCUGGUGCUCGCGCCGCUGGGCGAUGCAGUGUAUGCCACAGUGUCGCUGGCGCAUGCGGCCAAGGCGUGGGGCGUGGAAUGGGCGUGGUUUGUGCGCGGGCAGGGCGCGCGGCUGCUGCGUCACAGCGGGUCUGCAGGCGUGGAGCUGCCAGCAGCGGCGAUGGCGGACGUGUUGUACGUUGUCGGGCUCGACGACUUUCCUCCUGCGCGGAAGGCGCUGGCCGGUGACGGGGUGGCGAGCCAGUUCCCAGGGCAGGAUGUGACGCCGGGCCUCAUUGCCAAGAUCUACGGCAUCACGUACGACGUGGCUGUGCCGGCGUCGGUGGCACAAGCGGUGGCCGAGUUUGAAGAGGCGUACUUUUACCCGUCGGAUGUGGCGGUUUUCCUCAAGCAGUACGGCCUGCCGGCGGCGGCGCCGCCAACGAUUGUGGGCAAGAACGAUCCAGACAAGGGAUACCUCGGCGAGGCGACGCUCGACGUCGAGUACAUUGUGGGGAUGGGCCGCGGGGUGGCGACGUGGGUCUUCUCGCUCAAGGACUUUGACCUCGUCGAGUGGUCGAACACGGUGCUCGCGACGGCGUCGUCACAUCCGUCUGGGGCGCCCAAGGUCCAUUCGAUCUCGUGGGGCUCUGCCGAGCAGGAGUAUCCCGCGGCGCAGCUGGCAGCAACCAACGUGGCGUUUGCCAAGAUGGCGAUGAUGGGCUACACGCUAGUGUGCGCGUCGGGCGACGACGGGACCGGAAAGACCGGUACGUUUUCGUGCGGCAAGUUCGCGCCGACGUUCCCGGCGUCUCUGCCGUGGUGUACCGCCGUGGGCGCCACGUACUACGAAGCGAGCGCGAGCCCGCCAGAGAAGGCGGUCUCGUUCUCAGGUGGUGGCUUCUCGUGGACCUUCCCGCGGCCGUCGUGGCAGGACGCGGCGGUCUCGGGCUACCUCAACGGCGGCUCGGUGCCGCUGCCGGAAGGCAAGUACUACAACGCCACCGGGCGCGGGUUCCCGGAUGUGACUGCUGUGGGGACCAACUACCAGAUCGUGACCGUCAACGCGACCGGACCGAUCUCGGGCACGUCUGCAGCAACGCCAACGUUUGCGGCCAUGGUCUCGCUGCUCAACGCGCAGCGGGCCGGCGAGUCCAAGCCGCUGCUCGGCCACGUGGCGCCGCUGUUGUACGCGCUGCCCGAGGUGGGAACCGAUAUUGUCAACGGCGACAACAAGGUGACCUUCUGCUCGCACGGAUUUGAAGCUACCAAGGGCUGGGACCCGAUCUCGGGCCUCGGCUCGCCGCUCUUCGCCAAGCUCCAGGCCGGGCUGGCGGCGCUCGGCCUGUGAACGGGGGGCACGAUUAAAGCAGCUGCGUGUGGUUUACGGGCGGAUUCGAGGACGCUACUCGAUUUUGGCCUCCAGUGCGGCAAUGCUGGCGGACUUUGAGCGAAUGAGGGCAGCCGAGACGAGGACAAAG